GAUCGCAUUUACUAAUACUUGGUGGCGCGCGUACGUUAAGUGGUCAAUUGAUUGACAAAUUCGGCACUAUAAACGUCGGAGGUAACCAAGUUUAUAAAGAUGCCAUGAGUUCGAAAUUUUCUUCGGACAUAACAUCCGAGACAAUAUCGAAAUUGGAAAACGACCGUAGCCACUUUGAAAUGCAGUGGAAAGAAUUAAAUGAAAAGAUUAGAUCUUUAGAACCACGAUUUCAAGAGAAAAAGAAUGGAAUCUCUAAAUUAGAGUUUGAGCUAUCGAAGUUAGAGAUGGGUGCGAGUGCUUGCGCAAACCGUAUUCUCUAUACUGAAAAAAGAGUAACCGAGUUACGGCAAAAAAAUAAUCCAAGUAUAGAUGAUACUAGGCGUAUGGGACAACUUCGAAUACAAAUUGAUCAUCUAACACAAGAGUUAGAUGGAUUGAAAAGACCUUUUAAAAUUGAAGAGGAGAUUAAGAUUUUGCAAGAUAAGAUUUUGGAAAUUGGGGAAGAAUUAGAUGAGAUCAAGGAAAAUCUUGAUGAAAAAACCGAAAUAAUUAAUCGGAUUCGAGCAAUUGAGUUAAAAAUCAAAACCCAGGUAGAAGAUAGUGAACGCAAUUUGGUGGAAAAUAAACAAAAAGAAAUUCAUUGGCGAGAUUCUCUUAGCAAACUUACACUUCAUGAGAUUGGAGGUGAUGAUAAGCAAGAAUUUCAAAUUUACACUAAUGAUGAGCUCAAUGCAAUGGAUAAAGAUAAAAUACAAGGAGAGAUCGAUGAUUUAAAGAAAAUACAAAAUGCCAAUCCAAAUCUAAGUGUUUUGGAAGAUUAUCGUAUUCGUGAGAAAGAGUAUUUGUCACGUGUUAGAGAUUUUGAAGAGAUUACUUCUAAGCGUGAUGAGUGUAAAAAGGAAUAUGAUCAAAUGUAUCAGAUGAUUACUCUUGGAGGAAAUGCUGAACUUGAAGGCAUUAUUUUUAGUGUUAUGUCGGCGAAAAAGAGUUGGAAAGAUAUUUCGAAUAUAUCGUCGCAUCCUUCUGGGAAUACUCAAAAAAAAAAUCAUCGCAAUUUGUCAAAUGCGAGGACGAUCAUUCCCAAAUCAAAUGUAAAAACAUCCUACGUCAUAAAAUUUACAAACUUCUUUAUACAGCUGCUCCUAAAAGAUUGUGACUUUCACUCACAAGACUUUAAGGAGUGCCUCAAAGAUUUUGGCAUUAAAUACCUUGACCCUCAGUACUAUAAUGUUCAUUCUGAAAUUGGCUCUGGAGGUUUUGCCUCGGUUCAUGCUGCAUGUUGGAAAGGUACUCCAACAACAUAUGCAAUUAAAAAGUUUGCCAAAAGAACUACGGAUGAAAUGAUUUUACACGAGUAUUUUAUACGUGAAUCAAAUUAUUCGCUCGUUCUUGAAUACGUAGAUGGUGGAACGUUAGGAAAAUAUUUAAGGGACAACGCGUCGACUUUUAAAUGGGAAAGUCAAUUGAAAUUCGCUA